AUGGAUCAGGUCAAUGAUGGUAAUCAUGGACUGAGAAUUACAACUUGGAAUGUUAAUGGUAUCAGGAAUCCUUUUAGUUAUCAACCAUGGCGAGAGAAGAGAACCUUUUCUGCAAUGUUCGAUAUCCUCGAAACUGAUAUUCUAGUGAUGCAAGAAACCAAGAUUCAGCGGAAAGAUCUCAGGGAUGAUAUGGUUUUAGUACCAGGCUGGGACGUCUACUUCAGUCUUCCAAAGUACAAGAAAGGAUAUUCCGGAGUUGCUAUCUAUACAAGAAACUCAGUGUGCGCUCCAAUACGUGCCGAGGAGGGUAUUACCGGAGUUCUAACUCCUCCAAACUCCACAACCAGCUUCCGUGACCUCCCAAAGGAUCAGCAGAUCGGAGGAUAUCCCACAGGCGCUCAACUCCAGGACUACUUCCUCGAUGCUGCAACUCUGGAUUCGGAGGGAAGAUGUGUUAUCCUAGAAUUCCCUGCCUUUAUUCUUAUUGGUGUAUAUUGUCCUGCAAACCGUGACGAAGCUCGUGACGAGUUCCGUAUUGGCUUCUUGAAUGCUCUCGACACGCGAGUACGCAAUCUCGUAGCACUAGGAAAGAGCGUUUUCCUGACUGGAGACCUUAACAUUAUAAGAGAGGAAAUCGAUACAGCCAAUGCAGAGGAUAAAUUGAAGAAAGAAGGGUUUACAGUGGAAGAAUACAUAUCGACACCUGCCCGCCGACUAUUCAAUCAUUUGCUAAUCGGAGGAAAGGUGAUUGGGGACAGAGAUGAAGGAAAAGAGCCACAAGUCAUGUGGGAUAUAUGCCGCGGCUUUCAUCCUACACGGAAGGGAAUGUUCACCUGCUGGGAUCAAAAAAAGAACGCCAGACCUGGAAACUUUGGCUCAAGGAUUGAUUACGUUCUAUGUAGCGAGGAUAGGAAAAAUUGGUUUCAAGAUUCAAACAUUCAGGAGGGGCUCAUGGGCUCGGACCACUGUCCCGUUUUCGCUACCUUGAAGCCUAGAGUCGAAUUAGAUGGUGUCGAGAUCGAUAUCCGCGAUGUCAUGAGUAAGGAUAUGUUUAAGAAUGGGGUGAGAGUGCGGGAGUGGUCGAUGAAGGAUCUACUGCCAACCUCUGCCAAACUAAUUCCAGAAUUUGAUCGACGCCAGAGUAUUCGUGACAUGUUCACCAGAAAGCCUACCAGCUCGAUGACUGCUGCUCUGCCCUCCAAUUGGUCCAAUGCUGGAAAUGGAGUAGAGUCAGCACAAACAGAUGGCCCAUUCAGCAUAUCCAAUCACGUCGACCCACUCGGAGCAUCCCCUACUAAAAUAACUUCUCCGACAAAGUCCUUAAUCUCAUCAUCCUCGCCUACACCAGUCAAGAGGUCCACUGAUGCAUUGCAACUAGUGUCACAACCAUCAAAGCGCAGUAAGGUCGAAGCCAAAUCAAACAAAGGGCCUUCUAAUGGAAGGGAGAAUAAGAGGCAAUUGGGAAAAGGCCAAAGUAGUUUGAUGGGGUUCUUCAAAUCUAAGACGCCGCAGGUAGCACAGACAGCACAUCAAGCAGAUUCUCCUUCCUUAUCUACAAGUGAUUCUUCAACAGCAACACCUGCAGAAUCGGUGAGUCAAGAGUGUCUUGCUGGCUGCAGUACAGAAAACGACUCGCCCCUCAGGGCUGAGAGAAACACAAAUAAAGACGAGGAAAUCGAGAAGUCAUGUGAUUUACGACAGGACAAAGAAGUACACGACCCCAUAGUAGCGAAAGAAUCUUGGUCCAAGCUAUUGACUAAACGCAUUCCACCCAAAUGCGAACACAACGAGCCAUGUAUCAGCCAUAUAACGAAGAAGCAAGGCAUCAACCGUGGUAGAUCUUUCUAUAUGUGUCCUCGACCUCUGGGACCAUCAGGUCAGCAAGAAAAGAACACAGAGUGGCGCUGUAAUACAUUUAUUUGGAGUAGUGAGUGGACUGGGAAGGAAACUUGA